AUGCCCUUGUCUGCAAGAAUGUAAUAAAUCAACCAAUUAGCUUCAGUUUUGUAAAUAGAGGAUGUGUACAAUCAUAUUCAACUGAUAAAUAUUUAUAUAGUGGAAUCAAUUAACUUGGAUGUAAUAAAACGACUAGAUGUUAAUGGAUUGAUGAUUGAUGCUUUUGUAAGGGAGAAGUAUUAUCAAUCUAAUUCUUAGAUUGCGCUAAAAUUUCUUCUGAUAGAUGUCAAAAUGAUAAAUUGUGUAUUUUUUUUUGACAAAUUAAGGUCUCUGUUGAAACAAGAGAUGCAGCGAUCUUGUUCUUACUUCUUGUUCAGGUACUAAAGCAAAAUCAACUUGUUAUGUGAAUCUCUGUAAUGUAGUUCUGCUUCCAAGUUUUCGGAAUUAUUUAAUUUAGAUUGUAGUCUUUAUACUAUUGCUGGUAAAAAAUGAGAUGAUGAUCUAUGGAAUGAUAAUCAUUGUAUUGAUUAAGGGUGUCAACAUUUCAAUCAAGACUAAUGUACUGGUAUUUGCCAAUGGUCAUACUCCUAAUGUGUACUCAAAGAAUGCAACUAUAAUGACUUACACUGGAAUCAUGAAUAAUAAGCAAUGUUAUUGGGAUGGUUCUUAUUGUUAGGCCCUUACUUCCUGUAAAGAGUAUAUCACUUAUUCCAAAUUAAUUGAUACCAGUUCAUUAACUUUCCAUGGAUUUAAGCUGGAAGGAGAGGUAUGUGUAUUAUUACCAGACUUUAAUCUUUAAUUGUGUUGCUUGUUCAGAAAUUACAGACUCUUGUACCUGUUUAAAUAUGAAUGGAUACUGUUACUACAGUGA